AUUUUGCCCCCUCCCAUGGGGCUCCCCUUCCUCAUCCUCACCCUGCUGGUGCUGGGGCUGGGGGAGGGGCACCAGGACCCCCCCCCAGCCCCGGGGCACCCCCAGGAUCCCCACCCCCACCUCUAUGGGCACCCCAAAACCCGCCCGGACACCGCCCAGGUCUGGCUGCAGACUCUGGGGGCGGCUCUGGGGGUGUCCCUGGCCCCACACCUGGUGCUGCUGUUGGUUCCGGCGGAUUCGGGGUCCCCGCGGCGCCGGGGGUUGCUGCGGCUGUUGCUGAGCUUCGCCGCCGGGGGUUUGUUGGGUGACGCCUUCCUGCACCUCAUCCCCCACGCCCUGGCCCCCCACGAGCACCACGAGGGUCACGGCCACUCCCACCACGGGCACGCCCCCCACGAGCACCAUGAGGGUCACGGCCACUCCCACCACUGGCACGCCCCCCACGAGCACCACGAGGGUCACGGCCACUCCCACCACGGGCACGCCCCCCACGAGCACCACAAGGGUCACGGCCACUCCCAUCACGGGCACGUCCCUCACGAGCACCACGAGGGUCACGGCCACUCCCACCACGGGCACGACCCCCACCAUGGCCACGCCCACCACGGGCAGGCUCUGGCCGUGGGGCUCUGGGUCCUGGCAGGAAUCGUCACCUUCCUCGGGGUGGAGCUGGGGGUCCGGCACUGCGGCGGCCACGGCCACGGCCACGGCCACAAAGCCAAGCACAGCUCCAGCGAGGACGAGGCCGACGGUGACCCCGGGGCCACCAAAGCCACCAAGGGGACCAAGGGGACAAAAGCCACCAAGGCCACCAAGGGCCAGCACAGGAGGAGCCCGGACGGGGAGAGAGCCGCCAUGGCGGUAUCGGGGUACCUGAACCUGGCAGCCGACGCCGCCCACAACUUCACGGACGGGCUGGCGCUGGGAGCGGCGUUUUGGGGGAGCCCAGCCCGGGGAGCUCUGACGGCGCUGUCGGUGCUGCUGCACGAACUUCCCCACGAAUUAGGGGACAUGGCCCUGCUGCUGCGUGCCGGCUGCUCCAAGGGACAGGCCAUGCUGCUUCAACUUCUGACCGCCGUGGCCGCCUUGGCCGGAGCCGCCUGCUCCCUUCUGGCGGAAGGUUCCGGAACCGGAGCCGUCUCCGGGAUCCUUCCCUUCACCGCCGGCGGAUUCAUUUACCUGGGAACCGUCUCCGUGCUUCCCGAAAUCCUCCGGAAUUCCGGCCCCGCCCAGGCCCUGCUGCAACUCCUGGCGCUGCUGGCAGGCGUGGCCAUGAUGCUGCUCAUCGCCCACUACGAGUAGGGAAUUCCACCCCCAAAAAAUUCCCAAAAAACACCCAAAAAACCCCCCAAAAAUCCC